AUGUGUAUAUAUAUCGUUUCUGCUCUUAUACAAAAUCAAGCUGUGCCAUACCCAAGUAAUAAAACAUCUCCAUCAACAAGAACGGAUCAUGAAGCAGCCUCACGCACUUCUAGUCGCUAGCCCUGGCUUGGGCCAUCUUAUCCCUGUCCUCGAACUCGGCAACUGUCUCUCCUCUGUCCUCAACGUCCACGUCACCGUUCUUGCAAUCACCUCCGGCACCUCUUCCGUGACAGAAACCGAGACGAUACAUGCAGCUGCGGCUAGAGGGACUUGUGACAUUAUAGAAUUACCCUCGGUCUAGAUAGACCACCUUGUCGAGCCAGAUGCGACAGUGGUUACUAAGAUACUGGCGAAGAUGCGAGUCAUGAAGUCCGCAGUUUGGGAUGCCGUGAAAGCAAUGAAAGAAAAACCGACGGUCAUGAUUGUUGAUUUGUUUGGUACGGGGCUGUUGUCCAUAGUCGAAGUAGGUGUCAUGAAAAAAUACGUGUACAUCCCAUCGCAUGCGUGGUUCUUGGCAUUAAUGGUCUACUUGCCGGUGUUGGAUAAGGUAGUUCAAGGUGAGUAUGUUGAAAUUAAGGAGCCUAUGAAAAUACCAAGUUGUAAACCGAUCGGACCAAAGGAGCUUUUGGACACGAUGUUAGAUCGGUCGGACCAACAGUAUCUUGAGUGUGUACAGAGUGGGUUGGAGAUACCUAUGAGCGAUGGUGUUUUGGUAAAUACUUGGGAGGAAUUACAAAGAAACACUCUUACUGCGUUUAGAGAGGAUGGGGAGUUGAGCCGGGUCAUGAAAGUACCAGUUUAUCCUAUCGGGCCUAUUGUUAGGACUAAUGGGCAUGUAGAAAAACCCAAUAGUAUAUUCGAGUGGCUAGACAAGCAACGGGAAAGGUCAGUGGUGUAUGUAUGUUUAGGAAGUGGGGGUAAAUUGUCCAUUAAGCAAACUAUGGAACUUGCUUGGGGUUUAGAGUUAAGUGGUCAAAGGUUCCUAUGGGUUCUACGUAGUCCCACUUCUUACCUAGGGGCAUGCUCUAGCGGUGAUGAUCAGGUGAGUUCUAGUCUACCGGAAGGUUUCUUGGACCGCAUGCGUGGUGUGGGUCUUGUGGUCACAGAAUGGGCACCGCAAGUUGAGAUCUUGAGCCAUGGAUCAAUAGGUGGGUUCUUGUCUCAUUGCGGUUGGAGCUCAGUGUUGGAGAGUUUGACUAAAGGAAUUCCGAUCGUUGCAUGGCCUCUUUAUGCCGAGCAAUGGAUGAAUGCCACGUUGCUAACAGAGGAGAUCGGUGUGGCUAUUCGUACGUCAGAGUUACCGUCGAAGAAAGUGAUCGGGCGUGAAGAAGUGGCGUUUUUAGUGAAUAAGAUUAUAACAGAAGAGGAUGGACGUAAGAUUAGGUCUAAAGCUGAGAAGGUGAGGGUUAGCUCCGAACGAGCUUGGACUCAUGAUGGGUCAUCUCAUAAUUCUCUCUUCGAAUGGGCAAGACAAUGUCGUCUUCUACACUGAUUCUAGAAAAAAUUAUAAUAUCAUGACCAAAAAUUUGUUUUUAAGAUCAAAGUCUUGAGUAUGAAAUAUACAUAAAGGUGUGUGAUAUUCUGUUAUGGAAUACAAGGAUAUGUACUAGUUUGAUCAGAUACUCAUUCAAUGUCAAAUAUGUAUAUAUUUUAGAAAAUUUUAUCAAAACUGGCAUGUACAAUAUCAAACAUUUUGGUCAAUGCUAUUUUUCCCUAUUUCUUUUCCCGCUUGCCACAACUCAUAACUGAAAUACCAUUAUAUCAUUCUUUUUAUUUAACACAAAAAUAAUUAUUUUCUUAUGUAUUUUUUGGAAAUUAUGAUACAAAUCUCUCUCCUCAUUCUAACCUUUGACUUUUCCUUUUAUCUAUCUUCAUUCUCUCUCAAUUUUUCACUUUCUUCUAUCUCAGUGUUUCUUAGUCUGUUGUCGGCGCUAUAGCACAAACUGAAUCUUUUUCUACAAAACUCUAUCUAUUUCAGUCUGUAGCCUGCAUAUAAUGAAGAUAUUCUUCAUCCAGACACAAUUCUUCGACCGAGACCUCCAUUGUUUGCCUCUACCGCGGCGGGUGAAACCGCUAGGUCUAGUUCCAGAGUUCUUAUACCCGACCGCAGACAGACAAAAUCGCAGGUCUGCAACUCCGGUGGACCAGAUCCAGUCGACCAGGUUUCGUCCAUUCCAUCCUUAUUAUGUCAUUCGUUCUCUUUAGUGGACUAUAUAUGUUUGGUAAUGCGUUUUGUGUCCAUUGCUAACAAUAAAACUUGUCCACACUUGAGGUUUGCAAAUCUGGUACUUGGUGGACCAUAUCUUAAUGACCAAGUUUUUGUCUACCACUAUCAGACUUGUCCACACUGCAUGUCUCCAUAUCCGGUGGACCAGAUCCAACCGACCAGGUAUGCAGAUCCGGUGGACCACAUCUAGCAGCCAAGAUUUUUUUUCCAUCACCAUUAUGUUCUUCGUCUUUUGAGUGGACCAUAGCCAAGGUUUAGUUGAAGAUUCAUGUCCACUACUAACAGAAAACAUAUCUGCAAUUUCGGGAGACCAGAUACAACGACCAAUGUUUUUGUCCACCACAUUGUUGCAGAAUGAUGAACAACAUGUUUACAAACAAAUAAUGUCAAUCAUGAUUU